GAAGACAUAAACUCAGAGAUGUACGAUCUGUUUGGAGCAGACCACGAAACAAGCACUCUUGAAUUCGCAACUAGCGAUAGUGAUCACCAGUUUCCCCAUGAACUGUGUGAUGAGGGAGAGAAAAGCCGCGAAACAUUGUGUUUGACCUUGAACGAUUCAUUCAAUGGAAGCACUUCAGGUAAGUACUUCAGUAGACUGCGGUGGUGA